AUGAGCCGCAGCGGGCCUCGCCGCGGCAUCUUCGAUGGCCUCCCCAUCCCGGCCGAGAAAUCCUACCUCAAGGAAGGCCUGUCGCGGAUCGACGAGAGCUGGGCGGCCGCUCGGUUCGACUCGCUGCCGCACGUCGUGCACAUCCUCACCUCCAAGGACCGCGAGGGCGAGAUCCAGUUCCUCAAAGAGCAGAGUGACCUCAUCGAGGACGUCGUUGACGAGGUCGUGCACGCCUACCACCACGGCUUCAACAAGGCCAUCCAGAAUUACUCCCAGAUCCUGCGGCUGUUCAGCGAGUCUGCAGACAGCAUUACCGGACUCAAGGGGGAGAUGGAGGAGGCCAAGAAGCUGCUUGGCAGGAAGAAUAAGCACCUCGGCCAGCUGUGGUAUCGGUCCCUCACACUGCGCCAUGUGCUCUCCCUUUUGGAUCAGGUCGAGGAUGUUGCCAAGGUUCCUGCUCGAAUUGAAAACUUAAUGGCAGAGAAGCAGCUGUAUGCUGCAGUGCAAUUGCACGUCCAAUCAGUGCUGAUACUAGAACGAGAAGGCCUUCAAGCGGUAGGUGCUCUUCAAGAUGUUCGUUCUGAUCUAACAAAGCUGCGAGGAGUACUAUUUUACAAAAUUUUGGAAGAGCUGCAUGGUCAUUUGUACAACAAUGGUGAAUAUAGCUCUGCGACUUUAAGUAUGGUUGACAGUGAGGAAGUACCGACUUCUACAGCUGCUGGGCGCUUGGUAAAUAGCAUGCAACCUCUUUCAAGGAGAAUUAGAUCAAUGAAAGGUGACAAUCACAUUGGUGGGCCAGUAGAUGGGUUUCCAAAAGUUAGUUCUGUUGAUGGAGGUUCUUCAUUUGAUGGCCCAGAUGAUAAUAGCUUAGACAUGAGUGAAAGUGAUGGACACACUCGGAAGGAUUCGAAAAGUUUUUCUCGUGAAAUCCCAAUUUUUCUUUCCUGUGCUACACCAGAUGAGUUUCUUGAAUCAAUGAUAAAGGCAGAUGCCCCCCUUAAUGUGAAGUACCUGAGAACAUUGGUACAAUGCUUAUCCAUGCUUGGAAAGGUUGCAGCUGCAGGAGCUGUGAUAUGCCAACGAGUACGCCCUACAAUCCAUGAUGUUAUCACUUCAAAGAUUAAAGCAUAUUCUGAAGAGGCUUCAAAAUCCAGUAUAGACAAAGCUGCAAAAACCUCUGAUGUGUUGCAUUCAAAUGGACCCAUUCCCCGGUUCCAAAUGCUCAAACAGAAAACAAAGAGUGGUGCAUCUGUAAUGGCAGCACAACUAGUUGUCAGUCCCAUUUCGCCAGCUAUGGCACCCACAGGAGAUGCUCAGCGUGCAGCUACUCAACUUCUUAAAUCAAUAUUUGAAUGUCUUGUAGAGAUACUUGAGAACCAUAUUAUUGUUGGAGAACUUCUUGAACAAAAAUCAACAUCUGAGGUUGAUAAUGUAAACACACCUCAUAUUGCAAAUGGGGAUGCAAGCUGGAAUCCAGACUCUGAAUCUUCGCAAGCUACUGGUGGUUUCAGUGUUGCAUUCUCUCUAUCAGUCGUGCAGAGUGAGUGCCAGCAACUCCUGUGUGAAAUUUUGCGGGCAACUCCAGAAGCUGCUACUGCUGACGCAGCUGUCCAGACAGCUAGGCUUGCAAAUAAGGAUCCAGUGAAGGAAAAGAGGGAUGGAUCAGAAGGCCUUUCUUUCGCUUUCCGCAUUACUGAUGCAGCAACCCCAGUGCCAAAUGAAGGUCAAGGGUGGCGAAGAAAUUCCAAUGUGCCUCAAGAAGGGUAUGGAACAGCAAGUGUCAUACCCGACCAAGGAAUUUUCCUAGCCGCAUCUGUUUACCGUCCUGUCUUUGAGUUUAUGAAUAAAAUAGGGUUGAUGUUGCCUCAGAAGUACUCGCAACUUGGGAGUGAUGGCUUAUUGGCUUUUGUGAAUAACUUUCUGAAGGAGCACUUCUUGCCAACAAUAUUUGUAGAUUACCGAAAAUGUGUUCAGCAGGCCAUAUCCAGCCCAGCAGCAUUUAGACCACGUGUACAUGCAACCUCAGCGUAUAGUUCAUCGGUGGAACUUGGACGCCCUGUGCUUCAAGGGCUUCUUGCCGUUGAUAUAAUAGCCAAAGAGGUUCUUGGAUGGGUUCAAUUGAUGCCAAACUAUGCGACUGAGCUUGUGGAGUAUGUACGCACAUUUUUAGAACGUGCUCAUGAGAGAUGUCGUGCAUCAUAUAUGGAGGCUGUCCUUGAAAAGCAAAGUUAUAUUCUCCUUUCAAGGAAUGAUGUUGAGAGUUUAAUGCGCCUGGAACCAGCAAACAUUUCUUUGCAAAAUUCUACUAGUGAACAUGAUAACAAUGUAACAGAUGCAGAGGCAGUCGAAGUAGAGAUUGAACUAAGUGAUCUUUUAUUAGAUAUGUGCCCAAUAAAACAGGAAAACUUGAUCCAUGAUGACCAGAAACUGAUAUUGUUGGCUUCUCUUAGUAACUCAUUGGAAUAUUUAGCUGAUUCAGUUGAAAGGCUUGGGGAAUCAUUCAUAAGUCCACCAACCACUUCAGAGAGCAUAAAUCAUAGCUAUGGUCGACAUGCCCGCUCAUCUAGUGCAAUUCCAAAAGGUCUCGCAUCUCUGGCUAAUGAGUACAGAAGGCUAGCUAUUGAUUGUGUCAGAGUAUUGAGAUUGGAAAUGCAACUAGAGGCGAUAUACCACAUGCAGGAAAUGACCAAAAGAGAAUACGUCGAAGAUCAAGAUGCUGAAGAUCCCGAUGACUUUAUUAUCUCCCUUACAACUCAGAUUGCACGACGGGAUGAAGAAAUGGCCCCUUAUAUCACGGAAUCAAAAAGGAAUUACGUAUUUGGUGGGAUUUCCAGUGUUGCUGCUAAUGCAUCAAUAAAGGCACUUGCUCAAAUGAAGUCAAUCAACUUGUUAGGAGUCCAGCAAAUAUGCAGGAAUUCGAUAGCUCUGGAACAGGCUCUUGCAGCCAUACCUUCAAUAGACAGUGAAGCAGUCCAACAGAGAUUGGAUCGCGUUCGAACGUUCUAUGAGUUAUUAAAUUUGCCUUUUGAGUCUUUGCUUGGAUUCAUCGCAGAACAAGAAUAUUUGUUUUCUGCUAAAGAAUACCUGAGUGUUCUAAAGGUCAAUGUGCCGGGUAGAGAGAUACCUGUGGAUGCUGAACGACGUAUCUCACAGAUUUUGGGUCACUAG